CAGGCAGUGAAGUUGGUUGAAAACAGCCAGCUGGACAGCAUAUCCACCUAUCAUCGCCGGGUAUUGGAAGUGUCUUGUUCUCCAUUGGUCUCGCCUCCUCCGUGCUGAUUCUGGAGAUUCCAACUGGAAAAACAAUUACCCACAGUUUGUCGUUGUGAGGGUUGGGCUCCCCCCUGAAAUGGUGAUGUUUCAAUGCCAAAUGCACGGGAGAAAUGUGACCCGUUCGCACUCGAUAGCUGUCAACGCUGGUGCUGAGAUAUAUCACGAUGCAGUCGUCAGUAAUUAUUGUGAAGACACAGGAAACCUUUGACAGAAUUACGACUUUGCCUGAAUCUCCUAACCUGCUUACGAGUUUCUUCGCUCAUUUGACGGGCUUGGGAGUCAAUUUCGAGAGUUGGGAGGUAGCAUUGAGGGAUGCCAAGCUUCAUGGGUUUCCUGCCUCCCUGCCAUCUACUAGCGAAUCAGACUCGGGAGUUGAUUGGGUUGUUGCACGGGAAUGGGAGGCAUUGGAGGCUGAAGGAGUCAGGCGACCGAGGACUAUUGAUGGAACUGAUAAGGUGGCUGAUGUUGAUGCGAUCCUGUGUGCGAUUUUGCCGUGGCGUGUUACCAACGCGGAAAUUUUGGCCCGUCCGACGGAGGAGGUGAUUAUUGAAUGCAGGAAUGAUAAUGAGAAGCACCUGGAUAAGUUGUUGGCCUGCCUGGGUUUUUGA